GUCGUGGUUUGCACGAUGUUGCAUUCAAUGUCGUCGCGCUGGAUCUCAGGGGACCUCGAUGCCGAAGGCGAAGACGGGCGCGGCGCGGGCGCCAGGGCGCCUGCAGCAUCAGAGGAGCCCGAGUGGCUGGCCGACGCGGCCGGCUUCGCGCCCGCCACCUCGUCGACCUCCCCGCCGGCGGGGCGGGAGCCGAAGCGGCGGCGCCCACUUCCUCUUCGGCGCGAGGGGCGCCGCCGACGCGGGCGGCGGCCGGGGUUCAUCCGGGAGCCCGCGGGGAGCCCGCGGGGCGGAGCCGGCGGCCCUGUCCGACGCGGAGUCCAUCACCGAAUCGCAGACCAGAGGCGGCCGAGCUGCCGAGAGGGCGAGGCGCCCGUCGCGCCGUGGAGUUGGGGAGCACGCUGCGAGGAUCGGACGAGGACGACGGGCUCGACGCGGAGCGGCACCUGGACUCCGGCCGAAGGGCCAGCGAGGCGCGCGCCGCCGCCGCGGAGGCCGGCCUCCGGGGGGACCCGCGGCACGCCGACGACUCCCCGCGGCGGCGCCGGAAGGUCUCGAGGAGGCUGCGCCGCAGCAGGAGGGCUCCGCCGACGGGCCCGCAGAGCAGGCCCGGGUCCGCGGGCAGGAGGAGCCUGCUGGACGAGCCUGGGGCCCUCGCGCAGCCCCGCCAUCGCGGCGGCCGGCGGCUCUCGGGCGCCGCGGCGCGCGAGGAGGGCGCGCGCGCGCCCGGCGAGGCUGUGCGGGACGCGGGGGCGUGCGAGGCCGCGGCCGCGGCGGAGGCGCCGCUCCCCGCGUGGGCGGCCCGAAGCCUGGACGACAGCGCCGCGGAGAAGGCCCGGCGCGAGGACUAUGCGGGGGCGAUCCAGGCCUGCCUGCCUGUCCUCGCGGGCCCUGGGCCCGCGAUCACGCUGCUGCAGGAGCUGUGCGCGUCGUGGGAGAAGGCGGUCCACCAGCAGCUGCAGGUGUACAUCAACCAGCUGGAGGCGCUGGAGGAGCGGUGCAGCGGCGAGGCUGCGAGCGCCGAGCGGGGGAGGCAAGACUUAGAGUGGCGCGUGCUGAAGUCGGACAGUGAGUUGAGGUCCUGCAUGGAGGAGCUCAGGAUGGAGAAGGGCUGCUCGGAGGAGUGGCGCAGGCAGGCCGAGGGCCGAUCCACGGAGCUCGAGGCAGAGAAGCACCCGGGCCAAGCGAGGAGCACAAACGCGAGCUCGUACACUGGCGCCGGCGGGCGGAGGAGCGCCUCGCCUCUGCGGCCCCUUCGGUUCGCGCGGCUCGCACGGCACGCCGGCGAGGGCGGAGGCCACUGUCGCCCCGACCCCCAGUCUCUGGCCCUCGUGGUCGGGGUGCUCUUCGGGCCCAGGAUGGGCCCUUAA